ACCAUCAAUGCCAUGGAGUCAAAGAUGACCAAUCUGGAGCAGAGGAUCGCCGAGCUGUCCGAGGCCAACAAGCUGGCAGCCAACAGCAGCAUUUACACGCAGAAAAACAUGAAAGCCCAAGAGGAGAUGAUCUCUGAACUCAGGCAGCAGAAGUUUUAUCUGGAGUCUCAGGCUGGAAAACUGGAGGCGCAGAACGCAAAGCUGGAGGAGCAUCUGGAGAAACUGACCCAACAAGAGCAGACCAACAAGAGCAGAGUGCUGGAGCUGGAGGCCAGACUGCGAGAG